AUGAGGGCAGACGUUUUUCGGCGGCAUUUCCGCAUGACGAAGAGCUCCGUGCGGCUGCUUUGCAGUGAGCUUGCAGACCAUCUGGAGCCCCUGACCGCGGGAGGCCUGAGCGUUGAGGACCAAGUUCUCUGCGCGCUCAGGUUCUUUGCGACAGGAAGUUUCCAGUUGUCAAUCGGCAGCGAGGCGACUAUUGACAUGUCGCAGGCUUCUGUGAGCCGCUGCAUAGCGAGAGUCGCGCAUGCCAUUGCUGUCGUGGGGAAGGAGCGAGGAUGGGUGGCCUUUCCACGCACCUCAAGCGACCGAGCAGCCAUCAAGCAAGGUUUCUUGCAACACGGCCGGCUUGGAGGUGUAAUUGGAUGCGUCGAUGGCACAUUCGUCGCUAUUGUUGCCCCGAGGCUCCCUCCUGCACAGAAGGCACCCUACUGGUCCCGGAAGGGCUAUUACGCCCUCAAUACAAUGGUGGUGUGCGACUCGGACUUGAGGGUGAGGUACAUUGAUCCGCGGUUCGCUGGCUCAUGCCACGACGCGCACGUGUGGCGACACUCGCUGCUUCGCAGGCGCAUCGUGAGUGGCCGCAUUGUCGUGCAAGACGGGGAGUACCUGUUGGGUGACAGUGCGUAUCCACUUGAGCCGUGGCUCAUGACGCCUGUACCAGGCCACCCUGCCCUCAACACACCGGAAGGGCGGUUCAACACUGCCCACGCCUCCACAAGGUCAGCGGUGGAGCGCUGCAUCGGCGUUAUGAAGAGCCGUUUCCGAUGCCUGCAGCGUCACUGCGCCUUGCACUAUGGUCCCAGAAAAGCGGGUUCAAUUGUGGCGGCGUGUGCGGCACUGCACAAUCUGUGCAUUCACGAAGGUGAGCCAUACCCGAGCCAUUUGUACCACCACCACGAUGACGAUGGCAAUGACGACGAUAGCAAUGACGACGAUGACGACGACGACAAUGGCGACGACGCUGAUGGCGACGACGCUGAUGCCGACAACGAUGGCGACGAUGAUGGUGAUCACUCACUUGGCUCCACAGGCACAACGACGCAGACUGCAUCACCGCAACAAAGGCGGGCCCUGUUCUUGCGUGGCAGCAGGCCCCUGCAGCAUAUCCAGCGAGCUGUUUGGCAGGCACGUCGCCUUCAACACUAG